CAAAAAUGGUCGUCUCCCACAGUUUCAUCGGCAAAUGACACUCGCUAGGGCCGCCGUGGAAGCUUUCAAAUCCUCUGCUCUGGUUUCAUGGAGAUCCACUGGUAAGCUGCAGCAGACGAUCGGUGGUUGUAUUGAGAAGACAGGGAGGGCACUUCAUUCUGGCAACCAGUCUACUGUUAGGAUUUGGCCGGAGUUAUCUGGUAAAGGGAGGUACUUCGAUUUCUGCUCCCGUUUAAUUCCUGCUUCAAUUGAUUUUGUUGAAGAAUCGCCACUGUGUACAACGCUUCGUAAAGAUGGGCAUAGUGUUCGAACUGUUGAGCAUUUGCUCUCGGCUUUGGAGGGGACAGGCGUCGAUAAUUGUCGAAUCGAGAUUUUGAACUCUGAUCAUAAUGAUCCAUCAGUGGAGGUUCCCAUUUUUGAUGGGUCAGCGAAGGAAUGGGUGGAAGCUAUUGAGCAAGUUGGGUUGACAGUUGCUAUGGAUCGCAAUGGCAGAAGCUGUGAUAAACUAGCACCCUAUCUUACUCAUCCUGUUCUUGUGUCAAAAGGAGAUUCUGUUAUAUCAGCAUUCCCUUCUAAGGAAAUCAAUAUCAGUUACGGAAUCAAUUUUCCACAGGUAUCAGCUAUAAGCCUCCAAUGGUUUUCUUCAGUCGUUUGUACCGACUCUUUCUUUUCUAAGCAAAUAGCUCCUUCAAGAACCUUCUGCAUUUAUGAAGAGGUCGAGAAAAUGCGUAAUGCAGGACUCAUUAAGGGUGGUUCCAUAGAGAAUGCUGUUGUUUUCAGCACCAGUAAAGGUUUGCUGAAUCCACCUUUGCGUUCACCUGAGGAGCCAUGCAGGCACAAGAUUUUAGAUCUCAUUGGCGAUGUUUCUCUCUUUGCUCGUGAUGGUAGUCAAGGGAUCCCAGUUGCAAAUAUCGUAGCUUAUAAGGGAAGUCACGCGCUGCAUGCUGCAUUUGUUCGCCAACUAUCAGGAAUUUCUUGAACAUCAGUAAGGCAAGACCCUAAUCUGCAUUCUAUUUGCGUUCAUAAUCGAAACAUAUUCCACCUUGUUUUUUAGGAGUAUGCAAUAUUAUGGACGUGUCCAACGGUGGACCCAUGAUUUUUGCAAAGCAGGUGCACCGUUAAGGUGGACCAAAGGCCCGCAAAGUCGCCUGAUGUAUUUUUAGCGUAAUUCCACCAUUUUCAGGGAUUUUUGGUUGAUUUCGAGGGAUUUUUUUUCCGGUUUUUUGGUUAAUUUUCUUAUAUUUUAUAAUAUUCCCGAGCACCUCUCAAAGUUUAGUAGGUGAAACUUUCAUCCUGAUCCUGAUAUGAUGAUAUAUACCGGUUUAGUUUGAU